CUGGAAACGAGGUGGGAGGAUGGACGGACUUGGCUACUGUGGAAGACAUAUGGACUUAGCAAUCAGCUACCCUAAAAGGCUGGAAGUAUGUGUACCUUUGUAGUCUCAAGUUGAAAAAUGAGCUGCCCAGUACUGCAGAUCUUUUCAGGAAGAUGGUCGUGGAAAUAUAUUAAAUGAGGCCAGAUUUUCCUCCCCCAUGCUUGUGGUAAAAGGAACAUUACAACAUAAGACAAACAUUCAAGGCUUACAGCUAUCAGCAUUGGUCUUGUGGUCCUGCAGAUCUUUUCAGGAAGAUGGUCAUGGAAAUAUUUUAAGUAAGGCCAGAUUUUCCUCUCCUAUGUUCGUGGUAAAAUGAACAUUACGAUAUAAGACAAACAUUCAAGGCUUACAGCUAUCAGCGUUGGUCUUGUGGCCCUGCAAAUCUUUUCAGGACGAUGGUCAUAGACAUAUCUAAAUAAGGCGAGAUUUCCUUCCCUAAGUUUGUGGUAAGAUGAACAUUACCACAUAAGACAAAAUGGAACUAUUCAUUAAUUGACAUCAUUUUUGGAAUUUCUGCUGCACAAAAUCACUCCGUAAAAGGCGCAUGCUAUUUACAGCCUCACCCGUUUCCCUCUUCUCGAAGAGCGCUUAUCUAUUGUGAGCUUAUAUAUAGCAUCAAUGUUGCGAAUUUUGCCAUAGAGAUUGCAAUUCUUCGUGAGUUAGAGUCUAAGGGACGAACUGUGCCUGCUGGUCGGACAUGGCGACCUUCGGUCCGUGUUUUGCUGCUGUUCUCAGUGUCGUGAGCUUUCUCCUCAUCGCCUCCGCGGUCCCUCUCGAUGUCUCCUACGAUGAAAGGGGGAUCAAACUCAACGGUCAAAGCAGGAUAAUCAUUUCCGGUUCUAUUCAUUACCCUCGUAGCACUCCUGAGAUGUGGGGUGAUCUCAUUAUAAAAGCAAAAGCGGGUGGCCUCAAUGCCAUUGAGACUUACGUUUUUUGGAAUGCCCACGAGCCAUUGUACCGUCAGUAUGACUUCGAAGGAAAUAAAGAUCUAGUCCGGUUUAUCAAAACCAUAGAAGACGCGGGGCUCUAUGCCAUUCUUCGGAUUGGCCCAUAUGUAUGUGCGGAGUGGAAUUAUGGAGGGUUUCCCGUAUGGCUGCACAACUUGCCUGGUGUAGAGGUGAGAACAAACAAUACCGUUUAUCAGAAUGAGAUGAAAACGUUUGUCACAUUGAUAGUAGACAUGAUGCAAAAGCAUGGUCUUUUUGCUAUCCAAGGUGGCCCAAUAAUCGUUGCUCAGAUUGAGAACGAGUACGGAAAUGUGGAAUGGGCUUAUGGGAACAAUGGGAAGUCAUACAUCAAUUGGUGCGCACAAUUGGCCGAAAGUUAUGGCAUCCAAGUUCCAUGGAUUAUGUGUCAACAAAGCGAUGCUCCUUCGCCAAUGAUCAAUACAUGUAAUGGAUGGUAUUGUGACCAAUUUUCUCCUAACAAUCCAAAGAGCCCUAAAUGGUGGACUGAGAACUGGUCCGGAUGGUUCAAGGUUUGGGGCAUGAAGGAUCCACAUAGGACUGCCGAGGAUCUUGCUUUUGCUGUAGCAAGAUUUUUCCAAUAUGGCGGAUCUCUUCAGAACUAUUAUAUGUACCAUGGCGGAACGAACUUUGAUAGAACAGCCGGCGGUCCCUAUAUCACGACAUCAUAUGACUAUGAUGCACCACUUGAUGAAUAUGGUAACUUGAAUCAACCGAAAUGGGGACAUCUGAAACGGCUCCACGAACUGAUCAUGUCCAUGGAGGAGAUCCUUACGCAUGGAGUGAAGAGGGAUGUGGAUUACGGGAACAUGAUGUCGGGCACCGUGUACAUGUAUGAGGGGAAGCAAAGUUGUUUCCUGGGCAACGCGAACGAGAGCCAGGACUUCACCGUCAAUCUCAUGGGGAGUAAUUACACGGUCCCGGCGUGGUCUGUUAGCAUCCUCCCCAAUUGCUACACCGAGGUCUACAAUACCGCUAAGAUUAACGGCCAACAGACAGUAAUGGUGAAGCUGCCGAAUGAAGCCAACGAUCAGACGGAGCCCUAUGAACUGAAAUGGGAUUGGAGGCCGGAGCAUCCCGAGAGCUUGCAUCAAGGUGUUGCUAAGGGGAGCGUGAUGACCGCAAAUGAGCGGAUCAAAAGACUGUCCACUAAUGACACUAGCGACUACUUGUGGUAUCUAACUAGUCUCGAUUUGAGCAAGAACGAUAGCCUCACCAGCAAGGCGAUCACCUUACAUGUCCACACCAACGGGCACAUCGUUCAUGCUUUUGUCAAUGGGAAGCAUGUCGGGUCUCAAUGGGGUACGAGCGAUCUUUUGGAAUUCAUCAUGGAGAAAGACAUCAAGCUGAAGCACGGCAAAACUAACUCGAUUUCUCUCCUCAGUGUCACCGUCGGUUUGCAACACUAUGGGGCCAACUUCGAUACGGUUAAUGUUGGGAUUCACGGUCCGGUGAAGCUGAUCGGCAACAAAGGGCAAAGCGACGAGGUGACUGUGGACCUGUCGACCAACUCGUGGACGUACAAGGUGGGCUUGACCGGCCAGGAGGAGAAGGGCCUACAGCUGGACAACGCUCGCCACCAGCAUGGAUGGAAAUCUUACAAUCUCCCCUCGAACAGAUUGUUCGUAUGGUACAAGACGACCUUCAAGGCUCCUAUGGGUAGCGACCCUGUGGUGGUGGACUUGCAAGGGCUUGGCAAAGGCACUGCUUGGGUCAAUGGCCACAACAUCGGCAGGUUUUGGCCGAGCUUCGUUGCUAGCGAGGAUGGCUGCACCGCCACCUGCGAUUACCGCGGAGCUUAUAACUCCGACAAGUGUUUGACCAACUGCGGAAAACCUAGCCUAAGAUGGUAUCACAUCCCGCGCUCCUUCCUUCAAGGCGACGGCAACAAGCUGGUACUCUUCGAGGAGUUUGGUGGCACCCCGCUCCACGUGAGGUUCCAAACCGUGACGGCCGGGACGAUCUGUGCCACCACCGACGAGGGGAAGAAGCUGGAGCUGUCGUGCCAGGGUGGGCACGUCAUGUCGGAAAUCAAGUUCGCUAGCUUCGGCGAGCCGACUGGCGUCUGUGGGUCUUACGCGAGGGGUAGCUGCGAAGCUCCCAACACGCCCUCAGUCAUCCAGAAGCAAUGUCUUGGACAAGAAAGCUGUACACUUGAUGUUUCGGAGAACACAUUCAGACCGACCGAGUGCCACCUGAAUGUUUAUAGACUCGCUGUCGAAGCUACCUGCGAUUCUCCAUAGAUUUUAUUUUUUGGUUUCCUUUUAGAGAAUGCUUUUUAGGAUAUUCAGCUUUUCUUUUAAUUGGGUACAAGGGGUUUUACAUGUUUCAUGUUUCUUUAACCUCUUUGGCUAGGAUGUUUAACUUGUUUCAUUCCCUUG